UGAGUGUGUGAUGGGCUUCCAGUGCUCUGGGAGUGAAGCUCAUCUGGGGAACUGCAGCUCUCCACAAACUCUCAACUGCAGCUCCACACAACAGCUGUCAAUCACCUGCCUUGGUCGUGGGUCCAUCAGGCUGGUGGGUUCUGGAGGAGACUGUGCAGGGAGGCUGGAGGUUUUUCACAACGGCUCAUGGGGGACAGUGUGUGAUGACUCCUGGGAUAUUAAAGAUGCCCAUGUGGUGUGCAGACAGCUGCAGUGUGGAGUGGCCCUCAGUAACCAGCAGGUACCAGCCUGGUUUGGUCCUGGUUCUGGACCCAUAUGGCUGGAUGAGGUGAACUGUGAGGGGAAUGAGACGUCCCUGUGGAACUGCUCUUCUCAGGUUUGGGGAAAACAUGACUGUCAACACAAGGAGGAUGUAGGAGUCGUGUGCUCAGAGUUCAAAGAGAUCAGAUUAACUGAUGGUUGUAAAGGGAAUGUGGAGGUUUUCUACAAUGGAUCAUGGGGUAAUGUAUGCUGGAACCAGAUGGACAGUGACACAGCGAGUCUGAUCUGUCAAGAGCUAAACUGUGGAAGAUCUGCCAGUGACCCCAGUAACUCACAAGGACUAAAGUCAAAUUGGCUGGAUCAAUUUAAAUGUCGUCUACAUGACUCAACUCUGUGGCAGUGUCCAUCUUCAACCUGGGGACAAAAUAACUGUCAUCAUAAUGAUGUGGCUAAUAUAACCUGCUCAGAAAAGGAAAACGAUGAAUCGCCUCGAAGUCAUCUUUCAUGUUCUGCAGCUCUAAACCAGAGACACUGUACAAGAUAUGUUCCUCUGAGACUGAGUGGAGGGAAAGGCCGGUGUUCUGGAAGACUGGAGGUGUAUCAUAACGCUGUGUGGGGUUCAGUCUGUGAUGAUCAGUGGGACAUCAGGGAUGCUCAGGUGGUCUGCAGGCAGCUGGGUUGUGGAGCAGCACUGAGUGCUGAUGGGAAUGCAGCCUUUGGUGCUGGUGAAGGUGUUGUGUGGCUGAACAGAGUCGAGUGCAGAGGGAAUGAGAUUCACCUGUGGGACUGUCCUCUCUCCCUGAAUAACCACACAGACUGCUCAUACAAAGAGGAUGCUGGAAUCACCUGUGCAGAUUUGUCUGUGUCCACGACUCCUGCCCCAACAACAUCAACUUUUCCUCCAAUUUCACAGACAGAUGUGACACAAUCUCUGUCCUCACUGAUCACUCGUCCGCAAACUCCUCCUGCAUCUACUCUCCCCAUCCCUCCAGUGGUUUUGAUUGUACUGGGAGCUGUGCUCUUACUGCUCUUACUGCCACUCAUUAUACUGAUUCAGCAGAACAGAGUGAUGAGGAGAGUUCUUUCCAAGAGAAGACACAAGACUCAGACUGAAGCAGUUUAUGAGGAGAUUAAUCACAGACUCAUCACAAAUAAAGAUAAACGCAUCACUCAGAGAGGAAGAGACCCUUCUGAAGAACUACUUUCUGGGUAUGAUGAUGCUGAUAAGGUUCUUUCAGAAGAGCAACAAGACACCCCAGAGACCUACGAUGAUGCAAUCACUGCUGGACUGAGACUUUGUGCCACAGAUUACUUACCAGAAAACUAUGAUGUUGUGAUCUUGCGACAGUUCUCCAAUAAUAAAAUGGAGGGAGUUCAGGAGGAGUAUGAUGUGAAGAUGUGAGAAACCUGUUUGACUAUGAUGAUGUGGGGAAUGUGCCAGCCAAACAUGGAGGGACUGUUUAACUCAGGAAUCACACACAACCUCAAAUCUUUUUACAGCUUUUGGAAAUGGAAUGAGUUUAAGUGAUCUUAUAUACAAGUUUCAAUUGCAAUCCAGCAAUGUUUUAUAUUACAUUUAAUGUGUUCAAAAUUAUCAAUUGUAUUUAGCUGAUUUUCUUUUGACAGACAGAAAAAUGUCUUGCUUUCAUGGACUUUUGAAAAUGUUAAUUUCUCUUUCCUCUUCGCUUUAAAUCAAUAAACAUGCUACUUAUGAAUGUUUUACUUAAAUUAAUGUUUUAAUAGUUUCAUGAUUAUAGAAUGAGAAUCUAUGCAAUGAAGAUGCUGAAAUAUCUUGAUGUAUUUUCUAGAAGCCACUUGUACUGUAACAUGGAACAUUUCUGAAUGUUGAUUUUGAACAUUUUUGUGUUUUUGAUGGUGCAGGGCACAUACAACACAGCACUAUUUCCAUCAUUGCAGUUCCAAAUUUAAGUUUUACCUCUGCAAAAAUGGAAAGGGAGGUUAAAACAAUUAUUUUAAAAAAAUAUCUAGCGAUUUCAACUUCUUGUGGCAAAAUUUAGAAAUUUGCCAAAAACUAGCAAACUUGGUUGUUUCCUGACAUACACAUUCAGAAAUCUGUCUGUAAGAGCAGAAUCUGUACACACCGGAAAUUGUUGUUAUUUCUGUAUUUACUUAAUAUUCAAUGUAAAUUUACUUGUUUUGACAGAUGUUUUGUAUUUAUAGUGACUUACUGUGCAGUGCUCUUCUGUUUGGACAGGAGCUAUGGGACAUCAAACUUUGCUGAAUGGUACGAUAGUGAUGCAGUUGGACUACCAGACCUGUUACUGUUACGAGUUCAUAUCGUUCACCAUUCAGCAACUGUAAUUAUUAUGUUGGAAAAGCCAGUUCCGUGCACUCCUGUCCAAACAGCCUUUAUUGUCAGUCAGCAUCAGAAGUGGGAAAAGAGACAAGAGAAUGUGUGGAAGUAGGCAUCAGUGAAUGAAUUUGAGUAACCUGUUUGUUUAGUAAAUAAUAACUGUUAGUCAGAGUUUAUUACAAGUGUGAAUAGGAUGUUUAUUUUGUCAUUAAGCACUGAACGUUUAUCAAUGGUCAUGUGAGGUAUCACACCUUUUGAAUACACCUCAUUUAUUUGAUUGUAAUUACAUGGGCAAUUUUAUAUUCUUAAGCAAUAUUGUUUCUUUUUAUGUUUCUACAUGUUAUUAUCUAAAUGGGAAUUUCUUGUUAUUUGAUUGUUAGGCAUUAUAUGUUUAUGGUUUACAUUAUUUUAUGUUUCACAUACAUUUUUGCCAUAUCUGAACAAUAGAUGGCAGUAUUGUGUAUGACUUUAUUGUGACUUAUACAUGUUAAUUAUGGAGCUAGAACAAUGACGUAAGACAUUUAAAUGCAAGUGAAUAAUCCAGUUUCUUGACAUUUGGCCUAGUUUGUUUACAUUUAGAAUUUCUGAUAUAAUGUGGGAGAACUGAAUUUUGAACUGAAGAUUUUUGCUGCUUGUAAAUUGUAUAUAUUUGUAUUUUUAAACAGCAGAUAUUUUUGUACUUUAAAAUGUUUAGAGGUGGAAUUAGCUGUAAAAAAUCUAAUUAUAGAAUUAUAGAUAUAAUCUGAAUUGUUACAGCUAAUUCCACCUCUAAACAUUUUAAAGCAAAAAAUAUAUAAAAAAUAUGCUGUUUAAAAAUGAAAAAAUAUCAAAUUUAUAUUUAUGCAUUUGGCAGACGCUUUUAUCCAAAGCGACUUACAGUGCACUUAUUACAUGGACAAUCCCCCCGGAGCAACCUGGAGUUAAGUGCCUUGCUCAAGUGCACAAUGGUGGUGGCUGUGGUGAUCGAACCAGCAACCUUCUGAUUACCAGCUCAGCGAUUUAGCCCACUACGCCACCACCACAUCGCAGCAAAAAUCUUCAAUUUUGUAAAAUGUCAUUUCUUUUCUUACUUUAGUCUUUCUUCUAGCUCCAUACUUAAUAUUUUCAUGACAUUGAUAAAAUGAUGUAGACUGUUUGUGUGAUUUGUCAUUGAAAUAAUA